AUGAAAGAUGAAAUUGCUGCCACAGUCUUCUUCAUCACAAGGCUAGUGAAACGGGAAGACAAACUGAGCAAGCAUAAAAUGGAGAAAUUUGCAGCUAAGCUGACGACAAUACUGUUUGAAAAGUAUAAGAAUCACUGGUACUUGGACAAUCCAUCCAGAGGACAAGCCUUCAGAUGUAUAAGGAUAAACAAACAUCAGACAAGAGAUCCACUGCUGGAGCAGGCUUGUGUGGAGAGUAAUGUGGACUUCAAUAAGCUUGGUUUGCCAAAAGAGAUGACACUAUGGGUUGAUCCAUUUGAGGUGUGUUGCAGAUACGGUGAGAAGAACCGGCCUUUCACAAUUGCGCACUUUGAAGGAGAUGAAAACCCCGAGAUUCCGCAGCAGAUCAGCUACGCUGUUGAUAGAGCAGCACUAGACUAUCACUCUGGCAUUUCCUCAGAUGAGGAGAGCUUCAUCAAAGAGCCGAAAGCCAUUCCUACUGUCAGCAAUCCUAAUAGUGUCUACCAGUUCAGUGACUACUGCAAGGCACCCAUACAGCCCUGGUCUCAGUAUCUUCAUAGGAAGGCCUAUAUGAGUGAUGGCUCAUACUAUGCCCAGCACAGGGGUUACAAAGUCUACAGGCCAACAGCUGCUUUCACAGGACCCCGUGUUGAUAGAUAUCACUGGAUCAAUACCAAGUGGUAG